AUGCGUCAAAUUGCACUUCAAACUGAUGUAAUUUCGAAUCAAAACUACAUUUGCUUACCACAAAAAGAGUCUGUUGUUAUUAAAAGACAGUCAAAUGGGGAGCGUCCAGAGGCUGAUCUGGACAUUGCAGAACCAAGCGGGAGAUGA